AUGACUCUCACUAAGGAGCUGCUUCAUCCCUCUCCAGAAAAGGAGAGGAGGAAACACAAGAAGCAGCACCUGGAACAGAGUCCCAAUUCCUACUUCAUGGAAGUGCCAGGGAUGCCAAUCGCCACCAUCAUUAGCCAUGCACGAAUGGUAGUUUUGUGUAAUGGCUGCUCCACUGUCCUCUGUCAGCACAGAGGAGGAGGAGCAAGGCUUAUAGUAGGAUGCUCCUUCAGAACGAAGCAGCACUAA